UUGGGCCCGGUGGGAUAGGACGGGUCCGUGGUGGAAGGAGUAGUAAGCGGCCUACGCAGUUUCAAGCUGGGCCCUAGCUUUUAUUAGUUCUUCGGCGCUCGGCGGAGAACGGUGCGUGCCGGAGUGGUAGCCAGCAGAAAGUGCGUUCAGAUCCGCGGAAUUGAUAAGUUAACAACCGUAAAGCGGUGCGAAUGAAUGGUCGAAGUGACAGUUAGGAUCGGCAAAAAGUCGAGGGGUAUAUCAUCGUGUAAUUGAACGAUCUUUCUUCGUUAGCCAAGGAAAAGGUGUGUGUGAAUAAUCGUUAGACGAGAGUGAAUUCGAGGAGAGAUUGGUCGAGACAGUUGUUGGGGAUUUUUGGUGCGAAGAAAAUCGAGAACCCGGGAACGAGUAUCGAUCGAUCGAUGAUCGAUGAUAAUCGUUCUGGUGACGUCGUAUCGGAUCAGGAUCGGGCGCAAGGUGUUCGUCUCGCCGGUCCCACGGGACGAGACACCCGGUUGCCCCGGUGGCAGUGACAGUUGCUGUACGUGAGAGUGUUUUGUUCGGUUUAACCACGAGCCGAGUUUCUACUCUGUCUUCUUGCCGCUCCGAUACAAACGGGGGAUAUCCUUAAACAGAGAGUAUACCAGAGGCAUUACCGAUCGGAAUGCUACUGUGCCAGUGAAGGUCGGUGAUCGGGUCUAGCGGUGUGAUCGAAUACAGGGAAGGAGAGGGGAGAUUAGUGGGCGGGGGUGCAAUUAGCUGACGGGUUUAGCAAGGUAAAAGAUAGAGAAAAAGAGAGAAAGAGAAAAGAAUCGGUGCACGGUUCCGUCUACAAGGUGUGUUAUGAUCGGAAGCGAAAGAUGCUCGAAGUUCAGCACUCGGAUUAUUUAAGAGAGGGAGAAGCCUGCAACCCUCCUACCGACCAUUUACUACACCCCGAUUCGACCGGGGCUUCCGUUUCCGGGUGGAAGCCCGCCGAGAGAAGCGUCUCCUUCAAUCGAGACGUCCACGUCAAGAGGAUCGAACGUGAAGCGCCCCGCGUGACUGCGGCACUGGUAGGAGAUGGCGAAGGCAGGUUGAUCGCCACCCCGGUGCACAAAGAGAGUAUAGGAUCGCGAAGCAAGGAGGACCUAGCACAGGAGGCGGCCCUGGUGCUUCAACAAGCGGGCAGCCUUCACUGCAUCGCCCACGACAACAGACGAUUGCCAGGUCGGUUCAGCACAUUGCCGGCGCGUCGCAACAAGAAGAGACCGGAACUGCCACUCGAUGUGAGACGUAGGAGCGAGGAAAUCGGCGCUACCACCAGCGGUUACCUCGUCGAUCCACCGCCAAAUUCGAAGAAGAAAAAGUCAUUGGAGAGGAGCGCGAGCGAUGCGAGUACGAAGAAGCUGAAAAGCUCUUUGGCGAGAUUCUUCUCACCGAAGCUCGAGAGAAAGAGAAAGCCGGUUGGUCGUAGCGCGAGCGACGCGGCCAGUUCGUCGCGAUCGCAUCGCAAGAGAAGCGGCAGCGAGAGCGAAGGAUCGUAUCUCGGUGGUAGUCGGGCGAAAAAACCAUUGUCCCCGAUCAUCGAAGCGUCGCCACACGUCGAUCAGCAACCGUUCUACUUCGGCGCGGUGUCAACCGGGGAGAAUAACAGCAGCAGACCGGAGGCGAAGAAGUCGAAACAGGAGGAAACCGAUGUCGAAGAGGUGAUAGAGACGGAAGUGAACGUUGGCAAGGAAUCGAUAUCGGCCAAGGGUGGAGAGAAGAAAGGAAUCGUGAGACGCAUACCUAUCCAGCUAGAAGACGAUAACAAGAUCGGAAGAGGCGGGGAAGAGGAAGAAAGGAAAGAGGAGAAGGUAGAACAGCAGCGUAGCCGUUCACCGGCAAACGACACCGGACUCGACGAAGUAGACAAGGUCGGUACGAGUAGCAUGCUGCACAGCAGCCGAUACGAUCUCCAGCAACGCGGCGAAGAGUCAACGAUACACAAGAUGAUUCACCGAUUAUCCAGCGAUCGCUCGCCCCCGCCGCAGCUGACCAGAACGAUGGUCUCGCCCGGGCCCGGAUUCGGUCACAACAACAAUCGACCGUUCUCCUACACCAGACCGAACGAGUCCUCUUGCAGCCCGCCGCCUCCGCAGACGAACGUGAUUUACGCUCAGGUGCAGACCGAUAAGAAGAAGGCUCAGAGAAGUCACUCGGACAGCGACGAGGGACUCGGCCUCGAGAGAAAGGAUUCGUCCCGCGAGAACAGUCCCGCGGAGAAGGAGUAUCGCAGGACCGAUUACUCUUACAGCAGCGACCUAAGGCGCAACAACGAAAUUAACGCGUUUAAAUCGAGAUACGAAGAGGAGAGGAAAAACGCGUCCGCUCGAUUUCCCGCUCAUUACCCAGCCGCGCAAGAUUACGCGUCCAGGAACGCGGACACGAAACGUCGCCACGAGUUCGACGAGAUCGAUCGACGUCUCUACGACAAGCCGGAAAAGUACACGUCCACGGUGUUCGUCGACGCUUCCGGUAGAGGCAGAGCGGACGGCACGGACGCCAGACAACGGGAGAACAAUGAAUUUGCCACCGCGAGGCAAACGCAGUCGGGGAUAUCGAACAAGACGUCGGAACUUAGCGCGAGACGCGACCUCCUCGAGUCGAGGAUCAAAUCGAGGCUUCUGGCCGACGAGAUGUUCGCCGCGAAGAACACCGCGAACGUGCCGAUUAAGAAGUCGUCCGAACACGAGAUCAUUGAUAAGCCGAUCGUACCGUCCCCGGUUACGCCGAAUCGCGUCGCCUCUCCGAAACGUUACACGGACACCUACAUCACCGAGACCCGUACGAACAGCAACGGUGAGAAGUACAUCUUCGAGAAAGAGAUGCACGAGGACAAUGGAAAAGUGUACGGCUACGAGAAGAAGAUCACCAACAAAAUCCCUACCGAUGGUUACAUCGACGCGAAACCGAGGGACGGUUACAAAGUGGAAACCAGAACGGACAAGUACGGGGACAAGUACAUCGUGGAGACGCGAACGCACAAAGGAUACGCGGACGAUUUCAAGCCGUUUAUAAGCGACAGAAGCAGGACCAGCCCCGAGGAACGAUACCAAACCCCCGGAAGUUCGAGCAGUCCCUAUAAAUCGACCCCUUUACAUCCGGAAGGGACUGCCGUCGCUCAUCGUUUUCGUAGCGAGCCCAGAGACGACGUCCUUUCGUCUCCGAUAAUCGCCAAGAAAUUCACCGGUAACGAGAGGAAGUCCCUCUCGAAGAGCGACGACUUUCUCGAUCGCGACGUUCGACCGAGAGAUCCGUAUCUACCUAAGAAGAAGAACUUGGAGUCGAUACGUGGAAUGAGUAAAUCGACCCAACGACUCGACGAAGUCGGUGAAAACGCGCGCGUCAGGGCGUUGAGGAGCGAGUAUACGACCAGGUCUCACGAGAACCUGACCAGCCACGGGGACUACGUGAACGCGAGGGAGAUGAACGGUCGAAAGGAGAGGUCGCCAUUCGCGAAACGGCACUUGGACAGCUUACGGGAGGGGCCGAACGACGAUUACGAUACCGAUAUCUCGCAAUUGACCAGCAGCCAACUAGAGUCCAAGUACUAUAAAGAGACGCGUACCACUCAACGGUAUACAAGCAGCAAACAUCCGGUUCACGAUGAUUACGACAGUUCUCCGCCCAGGAUACGCACCGACAGAGGUGGUUACAAUUCGAGUCGCUACGAUUCCGACACCACGGCCAGGGACUCGAUCCGUUGCGAGGCUCGUUACGACGAGAAUUUGCGUACCCUACGAAAGGAGCAUCGAAAGCUGGACGAAGACCCGAAGAAACCUCUGCGACGAUCGCGCAAUCGGUUAGAUUACUUCGACGAUUCCGACACAAGAGACAGUAGCCGCGCCAAAACGAUCGUCAACAGACUCGAGCCCUUCGACGAGAGUCCGCCCAGGCCACCAAGGGCUUACCACGAGGGUGGCAAAUCCAGACACGCCAGACAGGAAACCAGAACGCACAUCGAACGCCGGCAUCGGGAAACUCGAUUGAGCGAUUCCGACCGCAAGGAUCGUCUGGCUGAUUCCGGCAUCGAGAACGACUAUAGACGCGACUCGCAGGAGGUCGAUCGACGGGAACAGAUCGAGUCCGAGGACGAGGGGUUCGUCACCAGGCAGUUCAUCAAACAGGAACGAAAGCACACCGAUCGUAACAUGAAUCUCACUCCGUCCGAGCAGCGGAAGUACGAGAAAUAUUCGAACGACGUCUCGAAGUCGCCGCCGGUGACCGCGAAACCGCCGUCCGGUGCUGAUAAAAAGUACGAGAAGAAGGCGGCGAAGAAAAGUGGCACUAUGAGCAAGGUGAAGCAACUGUUCAGCAAGAAGGAGAAGAAGGCGAAGGAGGAGAAGAACAGGAAGAACGCGAGGAGCAGCAGCAGCGGCGCUCUCACGGAUGACGAGGUGACGAUGAGGUACAGGGAGUACCGUGGUGAUCAGCUGAGAAGCGCCAAAAGCGCACGGGAUCUGGGCAGUGACAUCAAUCAGGAGGAGUACAGCCAACGUAGACGCUUAUCCACUCCCAGCGGCAGUCCCAGUCCGCCCAGGCCGACCAGGCUGUCAAGAUCCACCGGUACACUCACCAGAGACGAGGAUUCCUUUCGCGAGUCGAGCAACACCCUCACCAGGGAGAAUCAGGGACAGGAAGCUGAACGUAAGGGCUGGUUCAAGUCUUUGUCCAGGAAGAACAAACCGAGCAUCAAAACGGUGGAUAAGAAACCGAGGAUACCGGAAAGCGAGAUCUUAACGACCGGUACCGAGGACGAGGAAGCUUCGUCGGCACCCGAACGAGUCUCCGUGCAGAAGAAUCUACGUUUCUUCGGCGAUACGGAUCAAGAGUCCGUUUCUUCCAACAGAGAUCGCAGAAACAAACGAGCCGACGACCAUGCCUGUUCAGGGCGUGACGUUACGAAUUCGAACCGACAUAAUUUAGGCAUUCUAUCGCCACCCCGGAAACCGCCGAGGCUCGCCGAGAGCGCGCUGUCUUCCGGCGAGAGCACAACGGGAGACAGUAGCCAACAAAGUCAAAACUCCCAAAGGUCUCAAAGAUCUGUUGUAUAUCUUCACGCUGCUACAGUCGGUGAAAUACCCGGACCAAAUGAACGACGCAAAGCAGCUAGCAGGGAGGAACUAAAUCGACCCUUGCAAUCUCAUACGAGGACGGUAUCGAGAAGCGUGAGCGUUCUCGCACCGUGGAAGCCUCGACAUUAUAGGGAACCUUACGAAAUAAAUUACGAUCAACAACUGCAUACGAAACCAGUGGCGACUAUGAGGCGCAGGCAAAGAAGUCGCGAAACGCUUAGUCGUCGAGGUAAAGAGCCGCGACGAAGUAAGGAUAAUCUCUCGAAAACAGGCACGAUCAAUCGCAGCACGUUGAAAUCGAAGGACAAGCAAAAGGUGGACAGAACCGUUUCCACAGAAUCGUUGGCCACUAAAUCAAGGAACGUCAACACGAAACCAGAGCUAAGCAGGUCCACAUCGGUUCCACGCGAUCCAAACAAGAGCGCUGGAUGGUUCAAGCUGAAAAGCAAGAAAUCUCGGGCUUGAAGAGGAGGCCAUUGAUCAAUGCUAGUCUUGAGUUUCAUAUUAAGUAAUUCGUAAUCAUAAGAGAUACAUAAGCGUCAAAUAGGCCGCCGUGUUCGAGGUGAAUUAUUCUAAAUCAGCUAUUUUAUUACCGUUUCUACUCUUUCUUCGUUUCUUCUAAUGUAAAAUGAAACUCGUGCAACGCGUCCAAGAGCACGAAGGAAUUAAUUAAUUAAUUAACCGAAUACAAGAAAGUUGGAAAAACGUUUAUCCACACUAAUCGCAACUAAAAGAAUAAUGUAAAAUUUCAAUCGCGCCUGUAGAUUCCACGAACCGGAUUAUAUUUUAAUGAAUUUUGCGAAGAACAAAUUAACACGUCCACGUGCGCGUUCAUAAUGAUAUGUAAUAUGUUCUCUGGAUAUGUAUACAUACGCGUUACGCGUUAAACGUUAUUAAACAUUAUCUUGAUCGUCUUGUUUUUCUUCAAUUAACACUAUCCUUUUUUUUCAUCAUGCGACAAUAAUAAAAAAAUUGAUAUUACCAAGAGAAAAUUUAUGAAAAAUGUACGAGCGGAAUGUAGAAAUACAUUAAUAUGUUACCUUUUACAUAAUGGAGCCGUCUCUCUACCAAAUUUAACAAAUUAAAUUUGCUGUGUGAGAUGAGAACGGAUUCAGAGUUGUACAUAAUUUUCGUCUCAUAACACACCUGUUACUUAUCAUUCACCAAAUUCAUAACACGUGAUUAAAUUACUCUUCAAAUGUGUUUGUAACAAACUGUGAAUGUGAAGCGUGUGGUUUAUAAAAA